AAAGAAUUUCCUCCAAAUAUCGAACCUAAAUCUCCCCUCUUGUAGUUUAAAGCUGUUUCCUCCUGCCUUAUCAAUAUCAGACUAUGUAGUAAGUCAGUCCCCCUCCUGCCUGUAAGCUCCCUGGAAGUACUGGAAGGCCACAAUGAAUUCUCCAGGCUGAACAAGCCCAGCGGCAUUGAAAAAUAUUGGUCAGUGUACAGAGUGCUCAAGUGUUGAGGAAAGUCCUUGUAUGUAACAGUUCAACUUGUUUGGGAUAUACACUCAAUAUGCAGUGACUAAUUUUGUGAUUGUGCAUUACCUACUUGCAGGAGCCCAGCCACAGGUAUUGCCCAGCACAAGUGCUGCUGUUGGGAUUUUGUAUGGUUCUGAUUUUAAGCUGUAUCAUCGUUGUCUGUUUGCCACAAUGGCAAGAGAGACAAAUAUGUGCUUUGGGGUGGGAGAAGACAGCUCAGUAAUGGUGCGUGCAGCCGCUCAGUACAGCCUGGCUGGGAUUUGGAAGCUCUUAUCUCCUAAGUUCUGACCUUCUGUGUGCAUGCUUAGGUCCAUGAGGCUAUGCAUGAAGUAUCCAUCACUGUCCUUACUCACGUGUUUUGGCAAGGUGUUCUGUUUUGCAUUAACAAUUGAUGAUGUGCUCCAAUUUCCAGAUGAUUUUCAUUUGCUUGCCAUCUGGCCCAACACGAGCUCCUCUUCCUUCUUCCCCAGCCCAUGCCUGCCCCAUGAAUCCUGCCAGCCCUCACUGAGCUGUGUCCUGCUGAAGGGCAGGUGACAGUGCUGUGACAGCUAGUGUCCAGCUGAAGGGAGAAAACGUGGUCUGAAUGGCUUGUGUGGUAUGUGCAGAGCUCCUGUGGCAAAUGGUGCCACGUGUGGGAUGUCAGUGGUUGCUUAAGUAGCUUUUUUUCCCAGCAGUCCUGGUUCUGGAGGGCUUGAUGAUAAGUGAUGAUUUAUUGUCAUGAUUUUUGGAUGUCAAGUCACAAAGGAAAUGAAGCCUUUUUUAAAAGAGAAGAUUCCUCUUCCUCUUGGGAUCCAGAUGGUGUUUGGAGAUGGGAGUAAGUAAGAGGAGAUCUCUUGUUUCCCACUGUGGGCAGCUUAGCGGGGGUUCCUUACGAUCUGCAGAAUGAUCAGCAUGUCCUAACUAGGGGCUGCAGCAGUCAGCCUGCGUCUGGUGGCAGAAGGCUCUUCUCUGCAACACCAAGCCUGGCUUUGCCCUGCUUGUCUCUUCUGUCGGGGUUGGUGGGGCUGGCUCAGCAGUUUGCCUCAGUCCCUGCAUUGGCACCAUCUCCAGGGCCUCGCUCAAUGCGGUAUUGUUCCUCCCACCCAGGAAUGUGCAGGCAAGCAAGGACCUCCGGCAACUCGCAGUGCAGUGUGUUCUGCACAGUGCUGGGGGAGUGGCUGUGGCCGAUGGGGACCUGCGUGUGCAGUCUGGGUGUGCUCGUGUGAGCAAAGUCCUGUCAGAGGGGCACACUGCAGAUCUCUUGGAAAAGCCAGACUGGCAGCUGGGGAGUGUACAGAGCAGGCAGAGGGGCAUCUCUGUUUCUGGGGGUAGAUUCUAUCUUCCAUGGACAGGCAUUAGGUUCCCAUGAGCAGGAAGAGGUGUGAAAUAGCAUAGGCAAAAUGCAUGGCAGUUUUCAACUAUAUAUAUAAAAAAAAAAAAGAUGGUAUUUGUUAAUAUUCUUUAAUUACUCUGACAAAGUUGGCUUUUAUGUAUUUUUCAGAAUGAUAAUCCUUCUUGGUUUACUGCUAGGCAAGCUCUCAGUUUUUUAAAAGAUUGAGACAUCUGCUGCACAAGAACAUUCUUGUCCCUUGUGCAAACCACCUGUGCAUGUGGAAGCCUGCACUGCAUUUCUUUUGUUUGCUGAUACAUUCAUUUCUUGGUUCAGCACUGGUGAGUUGUGCUGUAGCACUGCCCAUACCCAGCCCUGACAGCACGGUGUCUGAGAAAUUGAGAAGUAUUAUGUAGAGGAGAACAGGUGGUCAUAGUGCUUGAGAAGUUGGGUUCUCUUGCUUUUUUAUUGCUUUUAUCUCAUCACCUGAUCACCACUUCGGGAAUAUUGCUGGAUUAGCUGUCUCCGAGCUGAUGCUGUCUCUUGCUGUAAUACUAUUGGUAAUCAACCUACAGUGGUCUAUCAUGUUUCUGACUUAGCUUCUAAGAGCCCGAAAUCCUUCCUUCAGCAUCUGUCAGCAAAAACAGGGAAGGAAGAACUCCUGCUUCUAAGGUACAGAAACUCAUAAAAAUCGGUAUACUCAUCCUUGCCAUUAAAGAGUCAAAAAGUGCAUCUGUAUCACCAUCUUCAGUAGAGUUGCUUCCCUCUAUAUGCUGGCACGUUGAGCAAGUGCCCAGCAGUAAUCACUGUUUUCUUGGUGAGCUCUUUAUUUGAGGAGUCCUGCCCUGUCCAACCACAAAGAGGGAGAGGAGAGGUUGUCUGAGUCAGUGUGUAAAUGCCUCCUCUUGGCUGCGUGGCAUGAUCCCGUCUGCUCUGAAGGUCUCCAGCAAUCCUGUAACUGAGCUAAUGGCUCUCAUUUCAUUCUAGUCUGUCCUUUGUCCUUUCAUCAGCCCACUCUGGACCAGACAUACUCCAGAGCUAAUGGCAAGAAGGGCUGGGCUGUCUUCCAUGAAGGUGAUGUGUACUGAGGCUGCAUGCGGCAGGCUGGGAGCAGUGAUUAAUGCCCUGGGAAUUCGCCUUGCCUUGUUACACAGCGCUGUAGUGUCAGGGCGCCAAGAACACACUACCUACGGUGCUCAGGAUCAGGCAGCGAGACAGAGACAGUGUGUUCUCAGUGGGGUGAGCUUGCUGCUGCGCUGCAGCUUCAUACUUGCACGGUGAGGCUGUCUUUGGAUGUGGGUCUGCUGCUAGGCGGAGGCGGCAAUCCUGUCCUGCUGCAGCUCUGCUGCAGUCUGCACGCCUGACCUCAGCCAGGAUGCAGCCCUAGCAUUUGCUUGGUUUGGAGGGCAAUCCCUCUCUGUGGCAGGGGGAUUGCCCAUCUGGAGGUGAGAGGGGAUGGCUCCCAGCCAGCAAUCAGACUGUGACUCACUGGGAUCGCAGGCGGAGCCCGGCUCUCCUUGCACUCUUGCUCUUCCUGUGGGAGCCUCUGCACAAACUGCUGCUAGAUGUUUGUUCUCACCAGGCCACUCUGGACUGGAGCUGGAAGAAGCUCAUGUCCACCAUUAAAGCUGAGGAGCUGGGCAGUGCAGGUUACCAGUCUGGAAGAUUCUGGGAGGCUUCCUUCUCUUGGUGAGGAUUUGGAGAAAAUGUCAGCACUCUGUGGAGUAAGACAGUGCAAACACCAUGGAAAACAUAAUAUUUUGUGUUCUAAUUGUGUUAUGAAGUGAGCUAAUCCCCAAGACUGAUCUCAAACACAUCUGGAGUCAAACAGAAAAGAGCAAACAGCCUUGUUUUCUGAGAUAUUUCACAGACCUUUGCUAGAAGAGGACCGUUUCCAGGUGCCAGCUCUGGACUUUCAGUGAGCUGCAGCAUGUUCCUCAGUAGCUCCAGCUGUAGGGGUUUAUGCUCCCUGCCAUGUGGCUGGUGAGACACUGAUCUGGUGCUGUACCCGGCGCAAUUCUAGAGACAAAUGUGCAAAAAAGUAUCUGCUAUUUUUGGCAUGAGGGCGGAAGUGGCCACUGCCAUCAGUGAUCUGCAUGGGCUUGUCAGAAAUCCUCUGCAGUCUCAUAGGAGAGUUUGUACACUCCUGGAUCCGGCCCUUAGCAAGCAUCCUAUCCCCUCCCUUCUUUCCAAAGUCAGUGCUGCAAUGUGAAAGUGGAUUAGUGUCAGUCCUUAAAUUGGUCUCCGUUGUAACUGCAAUUAAUGGGUGCAUGGAAGAACCCAUUGGUGUCUGCCCCUCUCAGUCCUCUCUCAUUUGAAACAGUCCCCAGAGCUCAUGGCAGAUAUUUCUAGGACCCUGAGUUCAGCCUUGUGCCAUAGCCACAACGAAUCAUUGCAAAGGUUGCUUUCUUGUCUUUAGCAUUUCCAAACUCAUUGGUGGCCCUUCCAUCUUUUUCCCUACUCCACAUGGUCAUGUUUGUAAUACUGUUGCUCUUUCUGCCUCAGUAGGUUCCUGCUAUCCUGAACUGCAGCUCUUUGUGCUCUUGAUUCACUCCAGUCCAUUCAUCUCUUUUUGGUAGCAUAGCACUGUCCGGGCUGGAUAUUAGGCUCUUUGUUUGUUCAGCCAGCACAGUGCUGGCAAUGGCAGUGCAGCCCGUGCCCCAAGGAGCUCACGUGCUCAGAGUAGAGCAGCAUAGGGGUGCCGGGCUGGGAGCGGAGGUGCAGCGGUGGCAGAAUGUGGGCAUGGCUGGUGUGGGAGGGAUGUGGUUCUGCUGAGCACAGACCCUCUUUGUUCCCAGGAGGUGAGUUGGACUGGAUAAACACGGCAGUUUUGUCAGCAGAAAGCAUUUCCCUGGCUGGAUCCCCUGCUGGCACUUGUGGUGGAAGUUUGCAGUGCCUCCAUAGUAGGGCUGUGUUCCUGCCCUGUGUUUGCAAGUGUUCCUGACUCACCAAGGUUCAGGUGGACCAUACAGGGCUGUACAGCCCUGUUCACAGUGUGCCUUGCUGUGUUGUCACCCUGGUGUGGGAGGACAGCAGCCAGGUCUUGGCUCAGCAGCUGCUUUAAAGGAAAGGGCAGACUUUCUGGGUGCAGGAUAUGGCCUUCAAGUCCUCUCCGAAGAGGGAAUUUCAGCUUGUUCCCAGGGCUUCAGAGAGGGCAUUGCAUUCUUCACUGGCUGUGGCUCCAGGGACAGGAGCUCAGGCUAGCAAUAUACAUGGGGAGGGGUUGCAUUUGCCCAGCCUGCCAGAAGGGACUGGAUAAGCAGUGAUGUCUGCUGCCUGCCCACAGAAGCCCUAGCAGGCUCUGGGUCUGCCCUGGCGCCAGGGAAGCAUGCAGCUUCCUCCUCUCCUCUUGCUUCCUUCCUGACGAGAAUUCAGUCCCAGAUUUUCUUGCAGUUUCUCUCCCUGGUACAGCACAAACAAGUCCCAGCAGAGGUAGCUGCAGAGGCUGCACAAGGCACGUUGGACUGCUGGAGAACCCUACUCCUGCGGCAGCAAGGUCUGAAGCACAAGGACGGGUUUCAUGAACUCAGGACAGGACAGUUGAGAAGGGCUUCCCUUUCUGAAAUGUGGUAAUUUCAGGUGUUUCUGCUGCUAAUGCUAAUUGCUGCACUGUGUCUCAGCUGUAGGUCCCAAUCUGCCUGCAGACCCCACACGAUGGAGGCUGGCUCUGUGGUACGAGCAGUCUUUGAUUUCUGUCCCAGCGUUUCUGAGGAGCUGCCCCUCUUUGUGGGAGAUGUCAUCGAGGUGCUGGAGGUGGUGGAUGAGUUCUGGCUGCUUGGCAAAAAGGAAGGUGUCACAGGGCAGUUUCCUAGCAGCUUUGUGGAAUUGGUGGAUAUUCCCCUUCUGAAGCAGGGAGAGAAGCUGUUUGUUUGUACCAGUGACUUCACAUCUCAAGAGCCAGGGAGCUUGCCAUUGCAGAGAGGAGACCUGGUGAUCCUGGGUGGUUCUCUGGCCUCCAGCUGGCUCCAGGGCCGAAGCAGCUGGGGUUCCAAGGGCUUUUUCCCUUCAUCAUGUGUGCGGGAGUUGUGCCUUUCAGUUCGGAGCCGUCAGUUGUCCCACAGCUCUCUCCUGGAGGUGCCUGCCUACUCACUGGGCCAAGCCCGGGCCUUGAUGGGCCUUUCUGCUCAGCUGGAGGAGGAGCUGGACUUCAGAGAAGGGGAUGUGAUCAACAUAAUUGGCAUACCAGAGCCUGGUUGGUUUGAGGGGGAGCUCCGGGGCCACAGAGGCAUUUUCCCAGAAGGUUUUGUGGAGUUGCUUACUCCUCUGAGAGCAGCAGGAACCUCAGAGGAUCAAGAGCCUGCAGGGACUUGUGACACCAAUGGGACAGUGCCCACCAAGCAGGAGGAAGAUGGCAGAGAGGACGAAAGGCAGGAGCCAGGGAGCACCUAUGGUGUUGCCCUGUACCAGUUCCAAGCCUUGGAGUCUGAGGAACUGGAUUUUGAAGUGGGUGACAGGAUUCGGAUUGUGGGCAUUCUGGAGGAUGGCUGGCUAGAGGGGGAACUGAGGGGGAAACGUGGUAUCUUCCCGCACAGAUUUGUGAGACUAGAGGCCUCUGACCCUUGCAGGGAAAAGGUGGGUGCUGGUGAUUCCCAGGCUGGAGGCAGCUGUGAAGUGACUGUCCAUCAAGACUUGGAGAGCACCUGCUCCAGAGUUCUCCCUUUGCCAGAGAAAGACAGCUGGAACAAGGAGGAUGGCUUGGUUGCACACCCUGAGCCUGAUGCUGUUGUGUCUCACAUAGCAGGGAGAUCUGAGGCUCCUUUGGGCACUGAUUUAAGGCAGCAUCAGGCCUUUCCCGACACAGGACUCCAGGAACUACAUCCCAAAACCACAGCAGAUUCCCUCCCCUUUGAAUGCACAAAGACAGUCAAUGGCCUUCUCCCUUCUACUCAGCUGCCUCCACAGCAGAGCAGCGAGCUUGGUCAAGCAGGUGUACUGGAGCCUCCAGCCCUGCCUGAGCAUGAUGGAAGCGGACCCACCGUGCCCCCACAGCCUCCCUGCUUCCCACCAGACAUUUGCGGAAGCCAAGCCAUUUCUCCUCCUAACAGCUGGGCAGCAUCAGAGCCCCAGGAGAACCGGAGCAGCAUUCAGGACCUGGAUGGUUGGGUGGACAACCAGCAAAAGUCCAAACCUUGUUCUUCCAGCUGGGGAGGUGUCCACACAGGUCCGGACACAUGGGCUGGGAGCUGGGGGGAAUGCUCUUCACUGGCAGCACAGGGGCACAGUGGCACAGACCUUGACUCCAAACUGACAGAGCAACUGGUGCAGUUUGAGAAGAGUCUUUCAAGUACCAGUGCUGAGCAGGACAAGGUCUCCCGCCACUUCUCUAUCUUGGACUAUAGCUCUGAGAAGGACAUUGUUCGUGGGUCUCCCGAGUGUGUCCCCCAUGCCAAGCUGCCAGAAAGGAGAAAGGCCCUGAGACCACCUCCUCCUCGGCCCAGCACCCUUGCAACAACUCCUGUGCCCAAAGGCCGGUCUCUGUCAUUCUCAGUGAAGCCCUCCCGGCCCGCUCCCCGGCCUCCAUCAAGCUCUCAGAGGAGGAGCAUGGUUCCCCCACAGCUGCAGCCCAAUGUAGCAGAGCAGCAUAUGGAGGAAAGCCGUGAGGAUGCAACACGGACAGGAUCAACUUCCCCCUGCUCCAUCCUGCUGAUGAGGAUUGGAGAGGUGGAGCGAGACUUGGAGGCUUACAGGAAGACCCGCACUGAGCUCAGCUUGCUGCUGGAGGAGCAGCAGGAUGAGCCGGUGAGAACCGAGACCCUGGAGAACCUUGAUUUCUGUGACUCCAACAUUGAGAGCCUCAGCGUGGAGCUGCAGGAGCUGAGAGAGAUGACCCUCCUAUCCUCUCAGACACCAUCCCUGGAGACAUCUUCGUCCGUCACUGAGAGCCCAGAGCACAGGAUGCUGGAAAAGAGGUCCAAGGUUAUUGAGGAACUGCUCCAGACAGAGAGGGACUACAUCCGAGACCUGGAGAUGUGUGUAGAAAGGAUCAUGGUGCCCCUUCAGCAGGCACAGGUUCUGAAUGUAGACUUUGAGGGUCUUUUUGGAAACAUCCAAGUGGUAAUUAGCUUCUCUAAGCAGCUGCUGUUGACCUUGGAGGCUUCAGAUUCCAUCGGGCCGGUGUUCCUGGCACAGCGUGCAGAGCUGGAGAGCAUUUACAGGGUGUAUUGCCAGAACCACGAUGAGGCCAUUGCACUGCUGGAAACAUAUGAGAAGGAUGAGAAGAUCCAGAAGCUACUCGUGGACCUGCUGGAUAACCUCAGGAGCCUGUACAGUGAAUGGGGCUGCACAAACUACAUUAACCUGGGCUCAUUCCUCAUCAAGCCAGUACAAAGGGUGAUGCGGUACCCCCUGCUGCUGAUGGAAUUGCUGAGUGCCACCCCUGAAUCUCAUCCUGACAAGGCACCACUCACAGCUGCUGUUGCAGUCAAAGAAAUUAAUGUCAACAUCAAUGAGUACAAGCGUCGGAAGGACCUCGUGCUUAAGUACCGGAAAGGGGAUGAGGAUAGCCUCAUGGAGAAGAUCUCCAAGCUCAACUUCCACUCUAUCAUCAAGAAAUCCAACCGUGUGAGCAGCCACCUCAAACAUCUCACAGGCUUUGCACCCCAGCUGAAGGAUGAAGCCUUUGAAGAGACCGAGAAAAAUUUCCGGAUGCAGGAGCGACUGAUCAAGUCCUUCAUCAGGGACCUUUCACUCUACCUGCAGCACGUUCGGGAGUCGGCCUGCAUGAAGGCACUAGCAGCAGUCAGCAUGUGGGACCUGUGCAUGGAGAAGGGCAGCGGGGACCUGGACCAGUUCCAGAAAGUGAACCGACUCAUCAGCGACCAACUGUUCUCCAACUUCAAAGAGCGGACAGAGCGGCUGGUUAUAUCACCCCUGAACCAGUUGCUGAGCAUGUUUGUAGGGCCCCACAAGCUGGUGCAGAAACGCUUUGACAAGCUCCUCGACUUCCACAACUGCACGGAGAGAGCAGAGAAGCUGAAGGACAAGCGAACGCUGGAGGAGCUGCAGUCAGCCCGCAACAACUAUGAGGCCCUCAAUGCCCAGCUGCUGGAUGAGCUGCCCAAGUUCUUGUGCUUUGCCAAGGAGCUGUUUGCCAGCUGUGUGCGGGGCUAUGCUGAGGCGCACUGUGACUUCGUGCGCCUGGCCCUGGAGGAGCUGAGACCUCUGCUGUCGUUGCUGAAGACGUCUGGCCGGGAGGGGAACCUCAUUGCCAUCUUCCAGGAAGAGCACAGUCGAGUCCUUCAGCAGCUCCAGGCCUUCACCUUCUUCCCAGAGUCACAGGCAGUUCCCAGGAAGCCUUUUGAGAGAAAGACCGUGGAGCGUCAGUCUGCCCGGCGGCAGCCACUCGGUGCCUUGCCCAGCUACGUCUUGCAGUCAGAUGACAUCCGAGCAGCCCUCCUGGCCCGCUAUCCCCCUGAGAGCCUCUUCCAGGCAGAUCGCAAUUUCAAUGCUGCCCAAGACCUGGAUGUCUCACUGCUGGAGGGAGACAUUGUGGGAGUCAUCAAGAAGAAGGACCCCAUGGGCAGCCAGAAUCGCUGGCUCAUAGACAAUGGGGUGACCAAAGGCUUUGUGUACAGCUCCUUUCUGAAGCCCUACAACCCGCGCCGCAGCCAGUCAGAUGUCUCAGUGGGCAGUCACUCUUCCAAUGAGUCUGAGCAUAGCAGCUCUUCUCCCCACAGCAGCACCAUGCUGACCUUCAGCACCAACAGGGCAGCCGUGGCCUUCGCUCAUAAACCCUCCCAGGACUCUGCCUUGCUGGGAGAGCUGUGCCACUCUCCACAGUCCCCCUCGGAGAUGGACUCUCCAAGCUCUGGUGACAGGACAGUCCCACUGGAGGCCGGAGUGGUGACAUCUCCACACCGCUACAGCCGACCUGAGCCAGGCUACAGCCCCAGCCCUCGCAAUGAGCACCCCACCAAAGCACAUCUUAGGUCUGCAUCCUUGGUGGAGGACAGAGACUCUGGGCUCGAGAGCGGCGAGUCAGAAGGCAACCAGGUCUAUUAUGCUCUCUACACCUUCAAAGGCCGAAACACGAAUGAGCUGAGUGUGUCAGCUAACCAGAGACUCAGGAUCCUGCAGUUUGAAGACAUCACGGGCAAUCAGGAGUGGUGGCUGGCCGAAGCACACGGCAAGCAGGGCUAUGUGCCCUCCAGCUACAUCCGGAAGACAGAAUACACGUGAGGUUGGGGGGUCAGGAGGCCCCACCCUGUUCCUUGAGCCUACCAGGACUGCCGGGGGCCCAUUGCCUCCACUGCUUGCCCCAAGGGGAUGACACUGUGUAUGAGGAAAGAAGGAAGGUGGACUGCUUGAGCAGGCACUUUGCUUAAGAGCAGGGGCCAGCUUCUGUCACCCUGUGCUGUUUUAUCCUCCAACCAGGAGCAGAGUGGGGCUGUGGUCCAAGGGGGAAUGGCUAGACUAAUGCUGAGGAGCUACUGUGGAUUUAAAUUGUGGAAGACUGUUGCUGAGGCCCUCCUUAGCCAAACAGUGUUAAAAAGCAGCCUAGAGCCUUGUGAACAUGUUGUCUGUGCCUUAGCAGCAGCAGGUCCUGUCUUGUUUGUACAGGACUCCAGACUGGGGAUAUCUGUUCUGGCCAGAGGAAGCUGCUCUGAGGAUUGCUGUGAGUAGUUCAGCUCCACAGUGAGCCCAGCCUCCAGGAGCACCCACGGUGUACUGUGUCCGUGUGCUUGGUCUCCUGGAGCUGAGCUGGGGUGCCUCUAAGCUCUGCUGCUAGCAGCAGCCAUUAGGCAUUUCCCUCCUGGACCAGCUGUAGGUUCUGAACACCAUCUUGCCAUGUCUCCAUACUGUGUCCAGUGUCUGGGACCCCGUCUUGGCUCCUCUGGAGCAAGACAAAAGGCAAAGCACUGGCUGUCCUGCAGCCUCAUUUCUGUAGGCUCUGACCAGGAGUGCCUUACCUGUGCAUGCUGCAGGGCACUGGCGAUGGUGCUUAUGUUCUGAGAGGGAUGCUGUGCCCUUUGCAGGGGUGCUGUGUCUUAUGUGCUGCUGCCAUGAUCUGAAGGAAGGAAGCUCCUUUCUCCUUGGGGCAGUGUUUGUGUCCCCUGUACUGCUGCUCCAUAAAUAAAGGCUUGCCCUUGUAUAUAGGAAGAACCUGUCCAAGUGUUGGAGUAGAGAUGGGAAUACUUGGUAUGUGCCUGGCUUGGUGUGUGAGGAGGCUGAGGGCAAAGCUCGUGGUCUUCAUGUGGACUCUGCAGGGCCUUUUAUGUUUCGGUGGUGUCCUCAUGAAGAUCAUGGAAUCAUAGAAUGGUUUGGGUUAGAAGGGAGCUUUAAGAUCAUCUAGUUCCAACCUCCCUGCUAUAGGCAGGGAUACCUCCCUCUAGACCAAGAUAAAUUGUACUGCCCUCUCUUGCUGCUGUGUUACAUGACACAGCUGGGUUGUGGGUGGUUUGCAUCCUUCCUGCCACCAGCUACUGGGAAGGGUUUUGCUCUGCUCUGUCCAUGCAGGUACAUAGCGUGCACACAGUCUCCAUCAGUGCUGCAGCUCUUGGCAUGAUGCCCAAGAACAAAGGGUCAAGUGUUUGUCAAUGAUAACCAGUAUGUAUUAUGUGUGUGGUAUGUGUGUGCAUGUUGGCGUAUCAUGCAUAUGUGCCCACACUUCUGUGCUUAUGUGGCAUGCCCCAGCAAGUGUGUACAAUAGCCUCAGGGACUGCCUCGUUUAUUUGCAUUGCAGUCAAGGGCAGCUGCAGCCACUGAGAAUGUUCCUCCACCUCCACUCCCAGAGUUCAUGGCUGGAGCAGAGGCAUGAAUCCAUCUGUACCCCAACAUUUAUUUGCAUAACCUCUGUACCACCGUCCUCCAACCACCAUUCAGGAUUAAAGCUGAACUUGAGGCUUAUUUAGCAUACCUUAAAAUCAGACUUUUAGUAGGAAGAGUAGAAACAGUUACAAGAGGUAAAUAAAUUAUAACAUUCACUUGGA